AUGAAACAAACAGCGCUUCAGAAUUAUGAUCGGAAAUCCGAGCUCACAGCGUUCGAUGAAACCAAAUCCGGCGUCAAAGGGCUUGUAGACGCCGGAAUCACCACCCUUCCUCGUAUAUUCAUCGUACCUUCAUGUGAAAACCCAAACUCCGGCGAGCCACCGUGCCCAGAGCUAAAUCUUCCGAUUAUCGAUCUGUACGGAAUCAACGAAGAUCCAAUCCGGCGAAAGGAGGUGAUCGAGCAAGUGAAGAAUGCGUUGGGGAGUUGGGGGUUUUUCCAGAUGGUGAAUCAUGGAAUCCCUGAUAGCAUGUUGGAGGAGAUGAAAAAAGGUGUUUUAGGGUUUUUUGAGCAGGAUAAUGAGGUGAAGAAGAAGUGGUACAGAAGAAGGGAUGGCAGUGGGAAGCCUAAAUUCCUGUACAACAGCAAUUUCGACUUGUACUCUGCACCGGUGGCUAAUUGGAGAGACACUAUUUAUUGCCCCAUGGCUCCGAAUCCUCCUCAACCACAUGAAAUACCUUCUGCUUGCAGAGAUAUUUUGAUGGAGUACUCAAAACAAGUAAUGGAACUCGGAAUUCAUUUAUUCAAAUUAAUAUCUGAAGCUCUUCAGCUCAACGCAGAGCACCUCAUCAAAUUGGGUUGCGCUACAGGUCUCGCAAUUCUCGGACAUUUCUACCCUCCAUGCCCGCAGCCUAAGUUAGCAAUUGGCACCAGCACGCAUACCGACAAUACCUUCAUCACAAUUCUUCUACAAGACCAAAUUGGAGGACUUCAAGUCCUACAUCAAAAUCAUUGGAUCGAUAUUCCACCUAACCCUAAAGCUCUUGUAGUAAACGUUGGAGAUCUUUUACAGUUAAUUUCAAACGAUAAGUUUUUUAGUGCACAACAUAGAGUUUUGGCAAAUAAAAUUGGCCCAAGAGUGUCAGUAGCAUCGUUCUUUACGACUGGAAACCUUCAAACAUCGAUGGUGUGUGAGCCGAUUAAAGAGUUGAUUUCUGAAGAAAAUCCUGUGAAAUAUAGAAGCACAACGGUGAAGGAAUAUCAUGAGCAUUUUAACUCGAAGGGACUUGAUGGCACUUCGGCUCUUUUGCGUUUCAAAAUCUAG